AUGGCAACGCCCGAUCCGGAGAGGACCUACUUGCAUGAUCCCUUGUUGCCAGAGACAAUUGUGCCAACCGAGGAGCUGCAUUUUUACAGUAGAGAUGAAGCUAAGGAAUUUUACAAAUUCUAUGCGGGCAAGGCAGGGUUUGAUGUGCGCAUAACCAAGACAAGUAGGAAGAUGGUACUGGAGUUGUUGUGCAACAAACAAGGACACUGGGAUUACUACAAGCCUGGUGAGGAGAGGGUACGUGAGAAAAUGUCAAUGAGGUGUGGCUGCAAAGCUUUUGUGAAGAUUAAAUGGAACCAGAAGAAGGACUAUUGGUUCUUUGAGAGGAUAAGGUUGGAGCACAAUCAUCCAUUGCAUCCCUCGCCGACCGUAACACAGUUCUUGAGGAUACAGAAGGACAAGGACCCUAUAGUCAUGGGUAUUGUUGAUCAGAUGCAUAGGUGUGAUGUUUCCCACAACACUACAGUAAAUGUGCUGGUAGAAUUAUAUGGUGGUCGGCAGAACUUCACGUUCACGGAAAUGGAUUUGAGAAACAGGAAAGCUGCAAAUGCCAGGAAGGAGAGGGAAAAUGAUAUACCAAAGUUGCUUGAGUUCUUCAGGGAGAUGAAGGCCCAUAAUGAGUAUUUCUACUACGAGUUGCAGGUAGAUAGUGAAAAUGUUAUCAAGAAUGUGUUCUGGAGUCAUGCAAGCCAGCGUGCAGAAUAUAGAGAUUUUGGAGAUGUGGUUACAUUCGACACCACAUACAAAACAAACAUGUAUAGCAUGCCUUUAGCCAUGUUUGUUGGGCCAAACCAUCAACUGCAGAACGUCGUGUUUGGGCAAGCAUUGUUGCAAGAUGAGCAAGCUAACACAUUUGAGUGGUUGUUUGGGGCAUUCAAAAACUACCAGGAUAGUUCAAUGGCGGCAGCGAUCAAGAAGGUGUUCAAACAAACACAACACAGGUUGUGCCGUUGGCACAUGCUUAAGAAGUAUAAAGCAGAGCUGAAAAAACUGUACAAGAUUCAUGAUGGUCUAAAGAUAAAGCUCGUCACCCUAAUCAAUCACCCACUUACGCCUACAGAGUUUGAGUUUGCAUGGAAUGAGUUGGUGGAUGAGUAUGGCAUACGGGAGGAUGAUACUAUUCAGGGACUUUGGGAGAGUAGGAAAUUGUGGGUUGCUGCUAAUUUCAAGCCCUUGUAUUGUGGCAGGAUGACCUCUACACAGAGAAGUGAAAGCGCUGGUAACUGGUGGCUGACGUUGCAGCCCUUUGAUGGCCAUCUUAGCAGAGUGUACACACGAGCCGUGUACAAGAAAUACAGGGAAACUUAUAUUUAUAGUACUGCUUUCCAUAUUGAUCCUCAUCCUAACGAGGUUGAUGUUUACCUGGUGACGCACACUGAUCAGUCAUGGCAAUAUGCUUGGUUUCAACAUUAA